AUGUGUGGAAAAUGUCUCGCAGAAACUUCCCUCGCGAGGACUGGCGACCCCAGCAGGACUCUCGUCCGAGACACGACGAUCGAUCACGGUGACUCGAUUGCUGUGCCUCCACAGGGCGUCAGAGGACAUGCAGGGAGGAGGCAGUCAGAGAGGGAAGGGGAUCAGGGUUCGAGGCAGCCAGUACGAGCGAGCGAGGAGGAGUCAAGCUCUGUGCGGUUCUCGGCUGCAGAGAUCUGGGGAGGAAGUCAGGAAACGCUCGUGCCUGCCGUUCCUCCCAUCUACUUCAGAUUUCCUCGUUUGUCAGAGCGAUCUUUGCUCAGGCUGGCCAACCUCGCAUGCAAUGUCUCGAUCCACCUGCUCUACUCUGCGAAUUCAAGAAGCGUCGAGUGGUUGGAGGCAAGGUUGAAGAGCGCUCAGAUUCUCAAUGUUAUCGCACGAGUCAGCAACCCGACGGUCUAUGAGUCGUGA